AUCAGUAUUCUGUUGUUGCAUGUUACUUGUCAAUUUUCAAAUUUGGAAUAUAUUAAAAUAACAGUUACAAUAAAUAUAGAAUACAGUUAACAGUUAACAUUCUUUAAACUAUAUAAAGUUUCAUGGUUUGAAAUAAAAGUAAAGCAUAAGUAGUCAUACAUGAACAAAACUGUAGGAGAAAUUACACAAUCACUUGUUACAGCCUUUCCCCACUUUUUGUUAGAUCUUCUCAGCUGUUAUCAGUAGUACGACCACAUUAUUAUAUGGCACAUAUAUACUUCGUCUUUUCCAUGUUUUUAUUAAUUGUAUAUCGUUAAUGUACUUAACCAAACAAUCAUCGAACUGUAUAAAUUGUCUGGUUUGAACAUUGAUUUUUGAACACAGACAACAUGGAGACUACAUUAUACGAUCCAUAUUUAAGACACCUUUUCGAUGGAGAUCCUGUAUUUAAUGUUUAUAAUGAAGAAGCUACGAACUUAUCGGUUGGUGCUCCAGGUCCUGAUCUACUUCAGCAUUGCGUCGAAAUGAUUCAAAAAGCAACAGACCAUAGAUUGGAGGAAGAAAAGAAAGAAGGAAAAUAUUAUUUGUUUCAAUACGGCAUCACAGCAGGCUUAUGGGAAUGCCGCGACGAAUUGGCUAUGUUUUUGAAUAGACGUUACGGUGAUCCUGUGAAGAGGGAAAAUUUAAUUUUAACUUGUGGUGCCUCGCAUGGUCUUCAAUUAUUAUUAAACACCGUUCUUUCACCUAAUGGAAUAAUUUUCGUAGAAGAAGUCACUUAUAUGAUAGCCUUAGAUGCCUUUAAACAAUUUCCAUUAAUGAAAAUAGUUACAGUACCGAUGAAAAAUGAUAUAGUGGACUUAGACAUGCUUGAGAAAAUAAUUGUUGAAGAGAAACGGAAUAGUAAUUUUCUUCUGAACGAAGAAAAAAUAUUUUGGUCCAUGUUUUACACGAUUCCCACUUUUCACAAUCCGACUGGAACAACUUUACCUCCAGAAAGUUGCAAACGUUUGGUUGAAAUAGCAAGAAGUAAUUCUAUAGUGGUCGCUUGCGACGAUGUGUAUAAUUUAUUGUAUUACGGAGACAAUUUUCCACCACAUAGACUGUUUUUCUACGAUAAUCCAACGGAUCCUAAUUACAAAGGUGGCAAUGUUCUGUCAAAUGGAUCGUUUUCAAAGAUUCUAUCUCCAGCAAUUCGUUUCGGAUGGAUCGAAUGUAGUCCCCGAGUAGCUAAAAUCUUUAGAUCAUCAGGUAUUUUACGUAGUGGUGGUGCAGUUAAUCACUAUGUUUCCGGUGUUAUUGCAAGUUUAUUGCAUUUAAAAAUUCAGGACGAACAUCUUGAUAGACUCGUUCAAGUUUACAGAGAACGAUUAUCGGCAUUAUGUAAUGUAUUGGACGAAUAUUUACCAAAGCAGUGUUCAUACCAGCGACCAGAUGGUGGUUACUUUGUGUGGAUUCAUCUUCCUCCAGAAUUAGAUGGCAGUGAUUUCAUCAAAUGGUGUCAAGAGGAGCACAAGGUAUCUGCUAUACCAGGUGUGCGUUUUUCAUACAAGGAAAAUUGUCCCAAUUUCCUUCGAAUUAGUAUAGGCUUUCACAAAAAGGAAGUUUUAGAAAAUGCCUCAAAAAUUCUUUGUAAAGGUCUUUUACAGUACAUUAAAGAAAAUAUUAAAUCUUAGUAACUAAAAUAUUGACUAGAAUUUUAACAGCUAUUAAUUAUAAAAUUUAAACAUUUCAUCUUCGCGCGAAUUUUUCAUUACUUAUACCUGAAUAUGUUUGAUACUACAUGUAAUAAAAACUACACAGUAAGAGUACUAA